GAUCCUUCCCCGUAUCAGAUGUACCUACUGUAAAGCUCUCCCGUACCAGGUACCUGACUGCCCGUGGCCAGAGCCUUCUCCAUCCUUCGAAGCCGAUAUCCCGACCUCUCAGGUCGUCAUAGCUCUUUUUCUCUCUAUUUCUCUGGUCCUCCGACAGCAUGCACCUACGUAACUUAGGCACCCGAUCAACCACCCUCUCUGGUCCGUUUCUCCCUUCUUCAUCUUCAUCAUCUUCAUCUUCCUCCUCCUCCUCUACUGCUCGCUUCCAACAGCGGACGCACCUUGUGAUAUCUUCCCGCCUCUCUGCUGCUUGCCGCACAUCCCCCCUUAAGGCAGUCUCCCCCUCCCCUCUGAGAGGGAUUUCUCAGUCGCCCCCCUCUCCCUCCCGCCCCCCACGUAAUACUUUUCCUCGCGAAUUUUUUUCUCUCCGUGUCGCCGUCCGUCCCCUCAGCAUCCGUACCGGUCCCGCGACAGGCAAAAGCAUGGUCGUCGACACCUCCUACUACGACGCCCUUGGCGUCAAGCCUACGGCGACCGAGCUUGAAAUCAAGAAGGCGUACCGCAAACUCGCCAUCGUCCACCAUCCAGACAAGAACCCGAAUGACCCCACCGCCCACGAAAAAUUUCAGGCCAUCGGCGAGGCCUACCAAGUGCUCUCCGACACCGACCUAAGAAAAGCAUACGACAAAUAUGGCAAGGACAGUGCCAAGCCCUCCGAGGGCUUCGUCGACCCUGCCGAGUUCUUCAGUAACAUAUUUGGCGGCGACGCCUUUGUUGACUGGAUCGGCGAGAUUAGCCUGAUGAAGGACCUCACCACAACCAUGGAUAUUACCAUGACAGGCGAGGAAAACGACGAGGCCGAAUUUCCAGGCACCGAAGAAGCCAUCCGUGAGAGUGUUAAGGCCGCCGACACCACGAAUGCCACGAAUGCCACGAAUGCCGCCAGUGCCCCGCCGCCAGCCGUCGUGGUUGAGGACGGGCCCGAGAAACCAUCCGCCGAACGCGUGGCCGCCCCGGCGCAGGAUACCGGCCGGUCGGAGAAGCCGCCCCUCCCCCCCCGCAGCAGUGCGUCCCCGGCUCCUAGCUCGUCGGGCACCUCGACCCCUUCGAGAUAUGCCAUACCCAUCCGCCCCGCGCUAAUGGAUCGUCCGUCGGAUGAGGCGAACCUCACGGCACAGACGGAGGAGGAGAAGGACCUACGCAAGACGGAUAAGAAAAAGGGCGGACUGUCAAAGGAGCAGCGCGAGCAGUUGGCAGCCUACGAGAAGGAACGCGCCAGGAUCCGACAAGAGCGGGUUGACACGCUCGCGCGUAAGCUUAUCGAUCGUCUCUCCGUGUGGACCGAGACCGACAAAGGGCUCGAUGUCACCAGAGCGUUCCAGGAGAAGACGCGACUGGAAGUCGAAAACCUGAAGAUAGAAAGCUUCGGGCUCGACAUCUUACACGCCAUCGGCGCGGUCUACAUGUCGAAAGCCACCGCCCUUCUGAAGUCUCAGAAGUACCUCGGCAUUGGCGGGUUCUUUAGCCGCAUGAAGGACAAGGGAACCCUCGUCAAGGAGACCUGGAACACGAUCUCGUCCGCCAUCGAUGCUCAGCAAACCAUGGAGGAGAUGGCGCGCAUGGAGCAGGCUGGCGGCGAGGAAUGGACGGACGAGAAGAAGAUGGAGUACGAACGUAGGGUGACGGGGAAGAUCCUUACCGCUGCAUGGCGGGGCAGCAAGUUCGAGAUCCAGAGUGUAUUGCGUGAAGUCUGCGACAGCGUGCUCCUCGACAAGAAGGUGCCCUUGAGCAAGCGCCUGGAACGCGCCCAGGCUCUCGUCCUCAUCGCCGACAUCCUCCAACAGGCUCGAAGAUCGCCCGAGGAAGAAGGCGACUACAUGGCUUUCGAGCAGCUGGUUGCCGAGGCAGCCAUCAAGAAGGAGAAGGACUCGAAAAAGAAAGGGAAGGACAAGGACAAGGACGCGAGCAGGCGAGGGGCCGGGACGGCCGAAGCGACCGGCUCAUACACGGAUGCGCAGAAGGAAAAGUGGUAGCGGAAUUAUUCUACCUAUUGAUUUGUACGUUUCACGGAGAAUUCGGUGGACACGUUUGGGAGGAACUUCCCGACCCCUCGUUAGGGAUCGAGACGGAAGCUGAGAGCGCAUGGUAGGGCUUGUUAAUACGGUAGGUUCGCGCCUAUUGGCGCCUCGGUGGUCGGCACGGCGCAAUGUGAUAGAUAUGUCGAGGUGUGGGCGGCUCGUAGAAAGAUCAAAGCGAAGUUUGAUAGCCGGGGUCGGACUCAGGCUGGUGACCGACGGGCACAUUUAUAGGCUGUCUUCAAAGGGGGGCGGCAGGGAAGGGAGGCGCACGCGGCUUACCCGACGACGAGCUCUCCGGCGACCUAAUACAGGGGAGGAACAACGACUUCACUCGGUAGCGUUCUGGCCCUCGCCGGGCACGUAUCCGGAAGAAACUGGGCGGCAUGUUGAUUUUCCCCGGAAUAAAGACGGCACAUCUCAGACGCCCACCUACCAUCAUCACCAGUCUACAUACCUACAUAGAAAGAUAAAUAAAUACAGACACACACGUCACUUGAGCCAGGUACGCGGGCUCCAGUGCCUUGACAGCCCCCCUCCCCCCUGUCCUUCUUUCUUACCCGUCAUACAAAUACACGGCGGACGAGGGUAGAUCGAAGGAGAAACAAGCGGACGCACUCUCCCCCCCCUUCCCCUUUUCCCUUUCCUUCCCUGGGAGUCAGCGAAAUAAAAACCACCCUGGGAGGCUCUCGGAC